AUGAAAAAUGUGACCACCGCCACCAACACUGAGAUGGAGGUUGAGACAGAUGCGGACUCUGAGUCUAUAGCUCAAGAGAACCGCGAGACGGCAGUACCCGCUAACCAGGUCGGUGACACAGUCGACAAAAUUCGGAAGACUUUCACACUGUCGAAAGGCAGUGCGGACAUAAGCAAAACACUGCAUAAGACUAUUACAGAAAUACUGCAGGAUGACGCUAAAAUCUUUAGUACAGGACCUGAAAAAGAUCUAGAGAUACGUGACAUUUGUGGCAGAACUGCAGAAGCGAUCAAAAUCCGUAAAACUUUUAGAGGCACACAGACUGCGUCGGUCACGCUGACAGCAGCAACAGCGCAGAAAGUAGUAGGAGAAUACGGCAAGAAAAGGAUCGGCUGGAAAAUCGUCACUGCACUGUUUCCACAGCAACACAGUUUCGAUUAUCAGUUAACGCCAUGCGAACUGGACGACGUUCCACCUGUCACUGAAGAAGAAUUGCUGGAUGCCUGUAAUCGUGUAGGAAAUAAUAAAGCGCCGGGAUUGGACGGAAUCCCUAAUAUAGCCUUGAAGAUCAUCAUAAAGGCAGCACCAACAUUAUUUCUAAAUGCUUACAAUGCAUGCCCCAAGGAGGGGAUUUUUCUUCGGAAGUGGAAACAGCAACGAUUGGUACUGUUACCUAAAGGGAAGAAACCACCAGAAGAACCGUCAUCUCACCUACCACUCUGCAUACUAGAUACAGCGGGUAAGAUAUUCGAGCGCAUAUUCCAUCAACGAAUAGAUACCGUAAUCGACCCACUCCUGGCAGACAACCAGUAUGGAUUCCGGAAAGGAUCCUCUGGUUGUUAA